CCACUUGAGCGCUGAGCCAGAAAGCUAAGAUAGAAAGUUUGAAGAGAUCAGAAGAAUUUUAAGAGUUUUAAUUUUGAUUUUAUUUUAUUUUUCUUCUUCGAGAGAGAAUGGGCAAUAGUCUAAGGUGCUGUUUGGCUUGCGUUCUUCCUUGUGGAGCUUUGGAUUUGAUCCGAAUAGUGCACUUGAACGGCCACGUGGAGGAGAUAACGCAUCCGAUCACCGCCGAUGAAGUGCUUAAGAACAAUCCCAAUCACGUUUUGAGCCAACCCAGUUCUCAGGGCAUGGUUCGCCGGAUUCUGAUCCUGUCGCCGACGUCGGAGCUCAAGAGGGGCAGCAUCUACUUCUUGAUUCCGGCGUCUUCCGUCCCCGCCGACAAGAAGAAAAACGCCGGCGCCGCCGUGAAGCCCGCGAAAAAGAGCGGCGAGAAAUCGUUCCACGCUAACGGAGCAGCGACGGCCGGGUGCGAUCGUUAUUCCACGGAAAAGAAGUCGUCGUCGGCGUCCCACCGGCGGCGCCGGAGCGGUAAAGUCGGAGAAUGGAGGCCCCAUCUCGCUAGCAUUUCAGAAGAUUAAUGAAACAACCUUUUUUUCUCGUACUGCCCACGUUUUUGUCCUCCCCGGCUUUUGCAUGGGGAAUUUCUGAUCUUGUGGAUAUAUUUUCUCUUUUUUUUUUUCUUUUUUUUUUUUGGGUGUUUAUUCAACUUGGAUCUGCAUGUAACAACGGCGGAUCCAUGUGUGAGUGGAGACGAUGAUGAUGAUGAUGGAGUGUUACGUUUUUGCCCCCAAGAAAUUGACAAGAGAGAGAUGGAAUGGAAGAAAGGGGUUUUAAUUUCAUGGUUUGACUCAAAGGAUGGAAAGUUGUACUUUGAGCAACAAAAACCCUCAAGUAAAAGAGGAAAUGCAAUAUUCAUAUUCAUAUUUUUCCUCUUUCUUCUCAAUUUUUGGGGCUAAAAUUGACUAAUAACAUUUCGUGUAAUACAGACUUUAUUUUCUUCAA